AUGGAAAGUCGUUACGAACAGGCGGCGGCUUCGGAAAAAAUCAAGGAUAUGCAAGCACGGGGCCAGGCCAUUCCUUCGGAUCGUGGCAUCGUCGUUUUGGGUGACAUUGCUGUUGCUCGCCAGCUAGGCUGCACGUCAACCAACGGUGUUGCUGAUUUUGCAGGCCCGAGACACGUGACAUUUGUUACUUUUUCUUCGUCAUCCGCUCUCGGUUGUAUCGAUGGGGAUUGGCUGCCGCCAAAACAAAAAAGUGAUUUAACGGUGGCCCAUCGCGAUUCCGGUGACGCCCUUCUGCGGGUCAAGGUACAUGGGCGUACGUACAUUUCUACGCGACGCGCUAUGUGGCUGAGAAGGACCGACAGCCGAGACGACACAAGGCCAACGGAAGCUGAGGAAUGUUUGGUGGUUGAUUCGGGAACCAGCCAACCAGCCAGCCAGCCAUGGUGGGCAGCUGACCCGGCAUCAAGCAUGAGCGAGCAAGAUAGAGAGACAAAGAGUCCCCUUUUGCAACGAGUGAGGGUUGGUAUGACUGAAACCUGCUCACUGUUUGCUGCCUACGUGUCGUUUACUUCUUUUGCGGAUAUUGAAAAGGCAACAAGCAUCAGGAAUCAGGUGCUUGCGGACGAUCAUGCAACUAGAGACUUGUCUUUACAUGAGUAA